UACAGUCGCACGCGUGUUAGUUCGACAGAUCAGACGUCCACAUAUCUUUAAUUACAAUAACUUGAGGCAUCAUCUUUGAUCGAGAAAGUUUAGUGUUUCAAAGACGCAGAAGGCGCAUCUGUUUGGUUUAUAGUUUAAUUGUGAUCGUGUUACAUCGUUGUGAGAGGUAUACAGUGAAAAUGUCUGGAACAGAGGGGCCACUGAAGAGUUUGUUUGAGAACAAGGCUCUGAGUAAGCCGAAGAAGGAUGACAAGCGUCUGUCUGUGGAGCGGAUCUAUCAGAAGAAGACUCAGCUGGAGCACAUUCUGCUCCGUCCCGACACCUACAUCGGUUCUGUGGAGCCCGUCACUCAGCAAAUGUGGGUGUUUGAUGAGGAUGUGGGGAUAAACUGCAGAGAUGUGACAUUUGUGCCAGGACUCUAUAAGAUCUUCGAUGAGAUUCUGGUGAAUGCUGCUGAUAACAAACAGAGGGACAAGAACAUGAACUGCAUCAAGGUCAACAUUGACCCAGAGAACAACACCAUCAGUGUGUGGAAUAACGGGAAGGGCAUUCCUGUGGUUGAGCACAAGGUGGAGAAGGUGUAUGUCCCUGCUCUGAUCUUCGGUCAGCUCUUGACUUCCAGUAACUAUGACGAUGAACAGAAGAAGGUCACAGGUGGUCGUAAUGGAUAUGGUGCAAAGCUGUGCAACAUCUUCAGCACCAAGUUCACUGUAGAGACGGCCUGCAGAGAGUCAAAGCAGUGUUUCAAACAGACAUGGUUUGAAAACAUGGGUCGAGCCAGUGUGUCGAAGAUCAAACCCUUUGACGGUGAAGACUACACCUGCAUAACGUUCCAGCCUGACCUGGCUAAGUUUAAGAUGCAGGCUUUAGACAAAGAUACAGUCGCGCUGCUGACCCGACGGGCAUACGACAUUGCUGGCUCCUCUAAGGGCGUCCGCGUCUUCCUCAAUGGCAAGAAACUGCCUGUGAGUGGUUUUCGCAGCUAUGUGGACAUGUAUCUGAAGGAGAAGGUAGAUGAGACUGGUUCUCCUCUUACUAUUGUUCAUGAGAGUGUGAAUGAGCGCUGGGAGGUGUGUCUUACACUGAGUGAUAAAGGAUUCCAGCAAGUCAGCUUUGUCAACAGCAUCGCCACCACCAAGGGUGGCAGACACGUCGACUAUAUUGGAGAUCAGAUUGUGUCCAAACUGAUUGAGGUGGUGAAGAAGAAGAAUAAAGCCGGAGUGACUGUCAAACCUUUCCAGGUGAAGAACCACAUGUGGUUGUUUGUGAACUGCCUGAUCGAGAACCCGAGUUUUGACUCCCAAACCAAAGAGAACAUGACUCUACAGCAGAAGAGCUUUGGUUCCUCCUGCUCGCUGAGUGACAAGUUCAUCAAACAGGCCAAUGGCUGUGGAAUUGUGGAGAGCAUCAUGAACUGGGUGAAGUUUAAAGCUCAGACUCAGCUAAACAAGAAAUGCUCUGCUGUCAAACACACCAAGAUCAAAGGAGUGCCGAAGCUGGACGAUGCCAACGACGCAGGUGGGAAGAAUUCUUCCGGCUGCACACUCAUCCUGACUGAAGGAGACUCAGCCAAAACUCUGGCUGUGUCAGGUCUGGGUGUGGUGGGACGUGAUCGUUACGGGGUCUUCCCAUUGCGGGGUAAAAUGCUCAACGUGCGGGAGGCGUCACACAAACAGAUCAUGGAGAACUCUGAGAUCAACAGCAUCAUAAAGAUCCUGGGUCUGCAGUACAAGAAGAACUACAGUGACCCAGAUUCACUCAAGAGCCUGCGCUAUGGCAAACUCAUGAUCAUGACAGAUCAGGAUCAAGAUGGGUCUCACAUUAAAGGUCUUCUCAUCAACUUCAUCCAUCAUAACUGGCCCUCACUGCUGCGUCACAACUUCCUGGAGGAGUUCAUCACACCUAUCAUUAAGGUGUCCGGUAAGAAGCAGGAGAUUUCUUUCUACAGUAUCCCAGAGUUCAAUAUGUGGAAGGAGAAACAGAGUAACCUGAAAUCCUGGAAGAUCAAGUACUACAAAGGUUUGGGUACCAGCACAUCUAAAGAGGCCAAAGAGUAUUUUUCAGAUAUGGCGAGACAUCGAAUCCCCUUUAAGUACUCUGGACUGGCUGAUGAUGAGGCGAUUACCCUGGCCUUUAGUAAGAAGAAGGUGGAGGAGAGGAAGGAAUGGCUGACUAGCUUCAUGAUCAACAGACGUCAGCGCAGAGAACACAACCUGCCUGAGGAGUAUUUGUAUGGACAGGAGACCACGUCCCUCUCCUACCAUGACUUUGUCAAUAAAGAAUUGGUGCUGUUCUCUAACUCUGACAAUGAGAGGUCCAUUCCCUGCUCAGUGGAUGGUCUGAAGCCGGGUCAGAGGAAGGUGCUGUUCUGCUGUUUUAAGAGGAAUGAUAAGCGAGAGGUGAAGGUCGCUCAGUUGGCUGGAUCAGUGGCUGAGAUGUCGGCCUACCAUCACGGAGAGGUUUCUCUGAUGAUGACCAUUGUGGGUUUGGCUCAGAAUUUUGUGGGCAGUAACAAUCUGAAUCUGCUGCAGCCUCUUGGACAGUUCGGCACACGACUGCAUGGAGGAAAAGACUCUGCCAGCCCCAGAUACAUCUUCACCAUGCUCAGUUCUCUGGCUCGUCUGCUGUUCCCUGCGGUUGAUGAUAAUAUUGUGAAGUAUAACUAUGACGAUAACUUGCGUGUGGAGCCUGAGUGGUACAUUCCCAUCAUUCCUUUGGUGUUGGCUAACGGCGCAGAGGGCAUCGGUACCGGCUGGGCCAGUCGCAUCCCCAACUUUGAUGUACGGGAGAUCAUCAACAAUAUACAUCGCCUGCUGAAUGGAGAAGAGCCGCUUCCCAUGCUACCCAGUUAUAAGGGCUUCAAAGGCACCAUUGAAGAACUGACGAAGAAUCAGUACGUGAACAAUGGAGAAGUGGCCAUCAUUGACUCCACCACCAUCGAGAUCACAGAGCUGCCCGUCAAAACAUGGACUCAGGCAUACAAGGAGAAUGUGCUGGAGGUGAUGUUGAACGGCUCAGAAAAAGUUCCUCCUCUCAUCACGGACUAUAAGGAGUAUCACACCGACACCACCGUGCGUUUCGUUGUCAAGAUGACUGAGGAUCGACUGAGAGAGGCAGAGGCCACCGGACUGCACAAAGUCUUCAAACUUCAGAACCCGCUCACCUGUAACUCCAUGGUGCUGUUUGAUCAUGUGGGCAGUCUGAAGAAGUACGAGUCUGUUCAGGACGUCCUGAAGGAUUUCUUUGAGCUGCGGAUGAAGUAUUACGUCCUCAGGAAGGACUGGAUGCUGGGAAUGCUGGGAGCAGAAAGUGCCAAACUCUCCAACCAGGCCAGAUUUAUCUUGGAGAAGAUUCAGGGCACUGUGGUGAUCGAAAAUAAACCCAAGAAGGAGCUCAUUCGGAUGCUUCAGCAGAUGGGCUAUGACUCAGAUCCUGUGAAGGCCUGGAAACAAGCUCAGGAGAAGGAAGCAGAAGAGGAUGGUGGAGACGAUGAGGAGGAGAAGGAGGACAUGUCUGGUCCUGAUUAUAACUAUCUGCUUAGCAUGCCUAUGUGGUUCCUGACUAAAGAGAAGAAAGACGAGCUGUGCAGACAGAGAGAUGAUAAGAUGACUGAGCUGAACACACUGAAGAGGAAAGCUCCUUCUGAUCUGUGGAGAGAAGAUCUCGCUGCCUUCACAGAUGAGCUGGAGCGUUUAGAGCAGAAGGAGCUGGAGUCUGUGAAUGUGGUGACUCAGGUGAAGGGUAAAGCAGGCAAAUCAAAAACGGUGAAGGUGAAGAACGAGACUAUGCCCACACCUCAGGGCCGCCGCGUCAUCCCCCGCAUCACCAGCACCAUGAAGGACCAGGCUGCCAAGAAGGAAGGAGCCAAACGAGGCAAAGCUGCCAAGAAGGAGGAUGGUGGUGUGGUGAUGAAGAUGGAGUUUGAUGAGGCAGACACUGAAGCUGAUGGAUCUGAAAUGGGACUGACCGCAAGACUCACCAAGAAGAUAAAGAAAGAGCCAGCAGCUAAAGGCUCUAAAUCAGGCAAGCAGACCACCCUCCCCUUUAAACCAGUGCAGAAGAAGGACCCCUGGUCAGAUGAGGAAGAGGAGGAGUCAGACUCUGACAUAGAUGUCAUCCCUGACGAAGUGGCUCCUCGAGAGAAAAGAGAACGCAAAGCUGCAGCUGAAAUGAAGUACAGUCUGUCAAGCAGUGAGGAUGAGUUUGAUGACUGGAUGAAGAAGAGUAAGCAGAAGAAGUGUGCUGUAAUUGAGGAUGAGUCAUUCAACCCAGAACCCAGUGCUGCACCCGACAGUGACAUGGACUCCCCUCCACACCCACCAGCGAAAAAAGCUUCUGUGAAGACCAGUAAACCAAAGGUAGAGAAACAGGCCAGCAAGCCCAGCUCUCCUUCUGAGAUCAGUCAGGAGCCGCUCUCUAAACCUCCACCGAAGGUUGAAGGGAAGGCAGUGAAGAAAACAACUGAUGGAGCUUCCAAGAAACCUGCCGCCAAGAAGACAAGUGCUGCUGUGAAGAAGAAAUCGACAGAUGCAAAACAGGUGUCAAUUCUUCAUGCUCUGGCCAAGACAAGUCCUAAAAAAGCCAAAGUUAGCAAGAAGCCCACCGCUGUGAAAACUGUGUCCAGUGACUCUGACAGUAUGGCCCCGGCUGUAGCUGUGAAAAAACCAGCCAAGAAGAGGAAGACCGCUCUGAGCAGCGACCAAUCAGACAGCGACUCUGACAGUGGGAAUCUCAUGGCCCGUCUCAAAGGAAAGAGCACAGCUGGAAAGAAAGCAAAAAGCUGGGAUGAUGAUGAAAGCUUUCAACUGGAGGAGAAGGUAGUGACAUCAUCAUCUGCAGCUCCCAGGAGCCGAGCAGCACGCACCACCAAACCCGUGACCUACACUCUCGACUCCGACUCUGAGGACUUUUAAACUCUUUCGGAGUCCGAACUAUUUCUGUAUGCGCAAAUAGUUGAUGGUCAAGCAAGAAGUAGAGUUAUGCUAGUUUUUUGUUUGAUUAAUUUUCUAUAUAUAUACAGAGAAAAUUGGUCAUGUACAUUAAUUCUAUAAGGCAUUGUUCAAACUGUAUUAUGUACAAAGCCUUAUGUUUUAUAUUGACUUUUUAACAGCUGAAAGGAACUUGAACACGUGCUUUUGGUUUUUGAUAAUAUUAUGAACAUUAUUGCAUAGUGUUCUGUUUCUUGCAUGGUUUGUUGCAUUUUAUGUCUUGUAAAUAUUUUUUAUGUUCUCUUUCUGUUCAAUGCUUAUUAAUAAAUCUUGUGA